AUGAAGAAAUGUGACAAUGAAAGAAUUGCUUAAUAAAUAUAUGCCAGUUAGAUGUUAAAAUUGUAAGGUAAAAUUUUGGAAAAGAAGUUAACUAAAACCGGCUCUAAAAAUCAAAUUGAAAGUUAAUCACAAAACAUCUCAAACAACAAUAGUCCUGUCGUUGGAAGAUAAAAGUCUUAUGAGAAUUUGUAGAAAGUCAAUAAGACUUUUAUUAAUUAACCAGUUUCUUAAUAAAAAUUAAGCAGCAUUUUGAAUGUAAUUAGUGGACAACAACAAAAUUCAAAAUAAAAGUACUCCAUUAACAACGAAUUGAUUGAAACUGUUAAAAUUUCGCAUAAAUUACGUAAGAAUCAAUCAAUGAUACAUAUUGAAUAAUAAUCACCAGCAUUAACUAAAAAUGCAUCUUUCCAUCAUUCAGUUAAAAAUAAAAUCAAUAGCAACAGUGUAUCAAGUGAUCAAUCAUAAAUUCAAAAAGUUAAAGAGAAAAUUAAAUUAUUAUUACAAGAACGUGAUCAAAAUUUACCAUAAGAUGCAAAAGAAUUAGCAUUCAUGACUAAGUUUAAUCAAAUUUUGAAUUAAUUAGUAGUAGUUCUAUUCUAAGAACCUAAUCUUUAAACUUCAUAAUAAUAAUUCAAUUUACCUUCCUCUACUUAAGAUACUUUCUAAGCUAUUUAAAUUGACCAUUUCUUCAAAAGAUAGAUUCAGAUCUUAUAAUAGUCUUAUUAAUUAUAAUUAGACAAAAAGAAAUUAGAGAAUGUUUUAUUGUAAAUUAAAAAGAAACAAGAGAUCUUAUAACAGGAAAAUGAAUAAUUGUCAGCAAAUAAAUUAUAAAUGACUGAUUAGAUAAAUUAAUUAAAGUCUUAAAUAUAAGAAUUAUAAAAUCAGAAUAAUAACAAUUAAGAUAAUAUUUAGUUAGAAUCAGGUAUUUUUAAUAAGAUUUAUUUCUAGAAACUUAAGAGUUGAAAUAUCUCGUAUAAGGAUAAUUUGAAGCUAUAUAAAAAUUAUUAUAAAGAGAAUAGUUAAUGAAAGUAUUUUUAAAAAGAGUGGGUGAUAGUUCUAUAAUUGAGUAAAAAAAUAUUUUUUAUUUUAAAUAGAAUGUUUGAAUAAUUUAUUUAGAGUGCAGAGAAUAUCAAUUAAGAUGAUACUGAAGGCAAUCUAAAUAUAGAAAUGUUACCUUAAUAAAAACAUCAGUAAGUUUAAAAGAAUACUUAAUAAUAAUAAUAAUAAUAAUAAUAAUAAUAACAAGUUUCAGAUAAAAUAAUUUAAUAAUAUGAAAUUAGUUAUAAAUAAUUAGAUUUAUGUGAUUCAUUAUUAGCUGAUGAUUCAAGUAAGAGUCAUUUACAAAUAAUUAGGAGUGAAUGAUUCUGAAGAAAGCAGUUUUGGAUACUUAGGAAAAGAAUAAGCAACAGAAGUUAGUUGUUAUUUUACUUAAGCUUAGUAAUAUAUUAACUCAUUUUUAUUUUAGAUAAUUUUAAUAAUAGUAAAAUUAAUAACAAACUUAACAAUAAUAGAACUAAAAAUAGAAAGGGAAACCAAAUAUUAAAGAUAAAUUAAGAAUAAAUAUGAUGGAUGUUUAGUUGGCUUAGGCUGCGUAUUUAUUUAAAAAUAAAUUAAUUUAAGUUAGAAACAUGAAUACAUGAAAUAAUAAUAGUUGCUCCAACAAUAACAUUAACAUCAUGAUAAAAUUUUGCCAGAUAAUAUUAACAGUGAUGAUGUAUGUAAAAUUUAUAACCAUAGUUUUGA